CUCUUGUUCGUUUUCCAAAAAUUUAUAUCACGUGAUUGAAAAAUAUUGAUGGUUACCGGUGAUUUUCUGGACAUUUCCAGAUAUUUCUAUUUGAAGCUACUAAUUUGCAUUAAAAAUGACCGAUUGAAUUCUCGAUACUGAUUAAAUAUGAAGAAAUGUUCCACGAUGCUGGAAAUCCAAAUAAAUUUCGUACAUGUAUUAGUGCGACGUGAGGUUAUAUGAUUUUGCAGGAACCGCUAGUAAAAUUAGAUCUUUUUACAUUUGGUGUGUGACGAGAUAUUUAUUUUACUCUUUUUCGUAUAUAAAAACAAUCAUGGUACGAUAUUUUCUCAAGUUUUCGUACAUUGGUACGCAUUACAGAGGUAUGCAAAAGCAAUCUAUCGAAAAUUUUGUACGAGAUAUAGAUACUGUCCAAGGUGCUCUAGAAGCUGCUCUCUUAAACCUUUUGCCAAAACCCUUGAUUACACCCACUUUGAUUCUCUCUAGCAGAACGGAUGCUGGAGUUCAUGCCUUAUGCAAUACAGCUCAUGUGGAACUCGAAAACAGAUACAAUCGUCUAUAUAACUCAUCAGACGUAAAGAGAGCCACUAAUAAUUAUUUUAAAAAAUGUGGCCAUUUUAUUAGAUUGUUGGAUUUUAUACCUGUUACAAAUGAUUUUCAUGCAAGGUACAGAUGUAAAUCUCGUACUUACAUAUACAGGUUUAUGAUACCUAAAAUACCCGGCGAGCACCGAAUAUCCGUCGUGGAAGGAAUGCACAGUUAUUUUAUAAGGGAUCAUAAUUUCGAUAUAAAUAGAGUACAAAAUGCUCUGCAAUUGUUCAUGGGAACAAGGGAUUUUAGUACCUUUAGUGCAAAAGCAAUAACGGAUCGUAAGAUCAAGUACACACGUUCCUUAAAUGCUUUUACUUUAGAAGAAGUAAAGCCUUUAAUGUUCUUUGAUCCGUUGUCAGAAAAUUUCAGAUAUUGGCACUUUACGUGCAAAUCUAGAUCUUUCUUGUACAAUCAGGUCAGACGAAUGGUUGGUUCUCUAAUCGCGUUAGGAUUGGGAAAAAUAACGGAGAAAGAUAUUAUGGUGAUGCUGCAAGUUCCUUCGCAUGAUAACUGGGAUACUCGCAUUCAAGUCAUACCAUCGAUCGGCUUGCAUCUCGUGAAUGUGGAAUACGAUACGGAAGAGUUAAAACGCAUGACAUUGGACGAGCAAGAAUGGGAGCCGCAUUCGGAGGAGCAAAAGGAGAAAUUAGAAUUGAAAGAAUAAAGGAAGAAAAAAAA